GGCUGGUUUGCAGGCUGCCAUUAAAAUUCGAGAAGAAGAAACAUCCACUUGGUUGUGGAGUCGACAGUAAACAUGGUCCGCAAAAGAAGUGUUGUCUGGGGCUUUUUUAAAACCAUCGACUCAGAGUCGGUGCAGUGUCUGCUCUGCGGGGACUUUCUGAUCAGACCGGGUCAGGGCACCACCACCAACCUGCUGAGACACCUGCGUGUCAAACAUCCCACCGAGGUCGUCAAGAGGAGGACGGGUUUGCUAAAGGAAACUGCCUCCAUCGACGGACAUGGCGACAUGGAGACGGAGGGUGAUCAGAUCUGCUCGGUGGAGGUGGCUCUGGAGGACGGAGACGGUGACGGUGACACCUUCACCAUAGAGAAUGAAGCUGGUGUGAACUCUGCUAUUAAUGGCAUCCUGGAAGCUGCACAAGGGAGUCCAGCAGAAGAAAUAACACAUGAAGAGGCGAGUGAUGACCGCCCUGUAGCACGUAGAUGGACUAAACGCAGCUUGAUCUGGAGGCACUACGAGCACUUGGACAGUUUGGCUGCGGCACGUUGCCGCAUUUGCAAGAAGAAGUUAAAGUGCUUCGAGGGCGGCAGCACCAGCAACCUGCAUCGGCACAUGUCAAAGAGACACCCUGAGAUCUUUUCUCAGCUAAUGGCAGGCGGGCAGCACCCACCACCCUGUACAUCACAGGACCUCAAUGCUAAUGGUGACACAUCGACACCACCAGAGACUGGUAGGGCAACAGAGAAGCAGAAACAAUUUUCUGUGGAAGUGACUCUGGAGGACGGAGACGGUGACGGUGACACCUUCACCAUAGAGAAUGAAGCUGGUGUGAACUCUGCUAUUAAUGGCAUCCUGGAAGCUACACAAGGGAGUCCAGCAGAAGAAAUAACACAUGAAGAGGCGAGUGAUGACCGCCCUGUAACACGCAGAUGGACUAAACGCAGCUUGAUUUGGAGGCACUACGAGCACUUGGACAGUUUGGCUGCGGCACGUUGCCGCAUUUGCAAGAAGAAGUUAAAGUGCUUUGAAGGUGGCAGCACCAGCAACCUGCAUCGGCACAUGUCAAAGAGACACCCUGAGAUCUUUUCUCAGCUAAUGGCAGGCGGACAGCACCCACCACCACCCCACACAUCACAGGACGUCAAUGCUAAUGGUGUCACAUCAACACCACCAGAGACUGUUAGGGCGACAGAGAAGCAGAGAUCGUUUUCUGCUGUGUUGAAAGUGUCAAAGGCAUCUGAAGGAGAAAAGCGUGUGCUUAGGAGGGAGCGGGAGCUGAUAGUAGCUCUUAGGGGUGCGCAGAGGGAGGAGGCUCGGGCUCUGGAGCAUCAGAGGGAGCUGCUUGAGAGGCUGCGUGCAGUGAAUGCCAGGGAGGCGGCUGCAGAGAGGGAGCAGAUUGAGUCGCUGAGGAAAGCACAGCUGGAGGAAGCCGAAGACUUGAUUAGACAGAGAGAAGAGGUGCAGAAGGAAAAGGCAGAGCUGCAGAAGAAAUGGGAAGAGCUUCAGCAGGAAAGAGAAAAACUCGUCUUGUUUUCUGAAGGACAGUAAACCUCCUGACUCUGUUACAAGUAACCUUCAUGUUGCUGUCAUCACUAUUUUCAGAUUUUCUAUAAAUGCUUUGGGACCAAUUUAAACACAUGGUGAUGUAAAAAUCUCAACUCCCCUUUUAGUAAAAUACUUUUACAAAUAAUCAAA